UUAAAAAAUUUUAAAUAUUACAUGUUUAAAACUGAUUUCAUUUCAUUAGUAAGUGUUUCAAAAGACUGAUUUAUGUAAAAAAUCAUAUGUAGUUUAAUUAAAAAGGAAAAAAUAUUAAUGCUCCUUUUCCAGAAACAGGUAUCACCAACCAAUAGCCCUCGAAGAGGAAGACGACGUUCCAGAGACAUACCACCAUCACCAAGCGUCCUAAAGCGUCGGCGUCUCGCGGCAAAUGCUCGUGAAAGACGUCGUAUGAAUGGAUUAAACGAUGCUUUUGAUAAAUUACGCGAAGUUGUACCAAGUCUUGGAGCAGAUCACAAAUUGAGUAAAUUCGAAACUCUUCAAAUGGCACAAACAUACAUCGCGGCUUUGUGUGAUCUUCUACAGAGACACGACGAGAAGUGGCAAUAAAUGCUUGUGUGAGAUUAUUACAAAAAUGUUAAUUAAAUGAUAUUAGAAGGUGGUAUUUAUGUAGAUAAGAAAUUUAAUAUUUUACAUUUUAUACUAUUUCCCUUUUGUUUAAAAACUGAUACAUACUGUCAAGAAAGAGCCGGUCAUCAUCAUCUGAAAGUUGAUAAUACUUCAAAUGCAAUUGUUACUAAUAAUAUAUUAAGUAGUGUAUCUCGAAGUAUAAAUAUAAGAGCGCAAAAAAAAUUUAUUAUUAUAACUCAAUUGUUCAACUAUGUGUUUAUUUUAAUUAAUUUUCAGUGAGUUUUGUGUGUGCUAAUGAAAAUUAACUUGCUUGUAAUUUAUACUUAUUUUUUAUUUAAAAAUCGUAUAUAGGUAA